AUGGCGAUAAAGUUAGACAUGAGCAAAGCUUACGACCGGGUGGAAUGGCACUAUUUGGAAGCAGUGAUGAGGAAAAUGGGGUUGGAGGGGAGUCUCACUGGGGUUUCGAUUUCUCAUAGAGGUUAUCAGCUUAGUCAUCUCUUCUUCGCUGAUGAUAGUCUCCUGUUUUGUCAGUCUACCUCACGAGAAUGGGGAAAUAUCUGUCACCUCCUCAACCAGUAUGAAGCAGCUUUAGGUAAAAAAUUAAAUGUUUCAAAAACCUCUAUCUUCCAUAGCCGAAACACCACACGAGAGUUCAGAGAGUCCAUUUUAUCUUCUAGUGGCAUUUCGGCAACAAACUCUUUUGAGAAGCAUCUUGGAUUACCUGCUUUGGUUGGUAGAUCGAAGAGGAGGACUUUUGAAGGCAUACUUAACCGGGUUAGAAAGAAGAUAGAUGGGUGGAAGGAAAGAUUCCUCUCCUAG